CAGGAACUAAUAUCUCUUUUGAUUUUGUUUUAGAUGGUGCAACAUGUGUAAAUGUGUAUGAGAAAGGUGGACCUCACUACGUUCCAUGUACACUGGAUAAAAAGAGGAGAUCUGAAUGAGUGUCAAUGCAGAUUGACACCUCCUGAAGCAAGGCCAAAAAAAAUGGAACUUCUGUUUCACAGACUCAAUCUACAACUCAAACUAAGAGCUGCAGAUGUUCUUCAAAUUAAUAAACAUUCAAUACAGCCUCAGCAAACCUGUGCUGAAGAGGAGCUGAUUCAGACUUUCAUACAAAAACUACUGAUAAAUAACUACAGGGCAAGACAUAUUAAAACUAAAGUUAACAGUAAACAGCUUCAAACAAGUUUCAGUGACCCAUGUGAAGACGAGAGUGAUAUUUUUGAUGAUGUUCUUAAAAACAAUAGAUCAAGUCAGCCCACUCUUAUUCACCCAAUGGAUGUUCAGAUGGCUGUGUUUCAUCGUGCUGAUGGUUUCCUAAAGCAGCUGAUGGUCACUAAACUGUCCCAGUGUCAGUUCGCUCUGCCUCUGCUUGUUCCUGAUCCAGAAACACAACAGAUUGAGUUUCCUCUCUGGACAUUCAGACAAAUCAACAAGAGCUGGAAGAUCAGAAACACCAACAAUGAAACCAUCAGUCAAACCCAGCCCAUCUACAAGGCACAAACUCCAAUGGUGUUUUUCUUCAGGUUUGGCUCUGUGUCUUCAUCCAAGUCUCAGCUGAUGAACAGUCUGAUCAAUGACAAACACAACACGUUCUUCCACAGGAACUGCCCAGGCAGCAGCAGGUCCAGAGUCCUGAUGGAUGGAAUGGUGGAGAUCGCCUGGUUCUGCCCUUCUGGGAGAAACACAGAUAAAUUCAGUGACUGUGUGGCCUUCUGUAAUCUACAUGGAGAUGCAGGAGACCAUGAGAAACAGUGGAACAUCCUCACUGAGAUGGCCUCAGUCAAUGUGCUUCUUCUACAGCAACUUCAAAAGAAUGACAGAGAUGGAACUGUAAUCCAGAGCCUGUACAAGAACAGAAAGCCACUUAUCUGUCUUUUUAAUGAGGAUGAAUCUGCUGUAACUGAGAUGAAGAAGGGGAAAUACAAGAUCGGUCUGAAAAACAGAAAUCAGUCAGAAAUAUCUGAAGAACUCAGAGGAGCUAUAAGUGAUUGUCUCUCAGAAUCCUCUUCCACAUUUAGACUUGAAGAUGUGUCCAAACACUCAGACAUCAGAGUAGAUGAGGAAGAUGAUGAAGACUGCAGGAGAGGAAGAGCAGCAGCACAGCAGAUGAUCAGUUUACUGGAGGAGAAAAAACUGACAGAAAUCAAAGAAUCAUUCCUGCCUCAUCAGGGGAAACUGUGGCAUCAGUGGAGUCAGAAGAACAAAGAAAUACAUCGACCUCAAGGAGAUGACAAAGGAGUGUAUAUGAGUAAAAAACAAGCAGAAAUGAAGAAAAUCCGUAAACAACAGCAUGAGUCUGACAUCAGUGAUUUCAUGAAGGUUUUUUUUAGACAUGAGAACCUAAAUGGUGAAAAUGAAAAAAUGUUUUUCCUCAAAUGGCUAAAAAUUCUCCUGGAUGAACACACAUCAACCGAUCUUUCGGCUCUGCAACACAAAUAUGAUGAAAAGUGGUCAACAGUCAUGAAACUAAAAAAUAAUAAUGAUAAACCUGAGCAAAUUAAAGCUGAACACACUAAACUUGAGAGAAUAUCUGAGGAUCUUCAAGCUGCAGCCUUUGGUCUGGAGCACAUCAUGAGGGAGAUCGGUCAGAUCUAUGAAUCAUGUUCAUCUGUGAAGGAGAACAAGAAAGAUCUGCCGGUUCACUUCUCUUCUCUCCCGAGUCUCGCAGCAGAGAUGAUGAUCUCUGGGUUUCCACUGGAGCUGAUGGAUGGAGAUGCUGCUCAUGUUCCUCUGGUCUGGAUCUCUGCUGUUCUAGACCAACUCGUCCAGAAACUGGGAGACCAGACCAGAGUCUUUGUGUUGUCAGUUUUAGGGAUUCAGAGCUCUGGGAAAUCCACCAUGCUGAACGCCAUGUUUGGACUCCAGUUUGCAGUUGGUGCUGGCAGGUGCACCAGAGGAGCUUUCAUGCAGCUGGUCAAAGUGUCUGAGGAGAUGAAAACACAGAUGAACUGUGACUAUAUUCUGGUUGUUGAUACUGAGGGUUUUUGUGCUCUAGAACUGGCUGGAAGGUCAACAAGACAUCAUGACAAUGAAUUGGCCACAUUUGUUGUUGGUUUUGCAAAUCUGACACUGGUCAAUAUCUUUGGGGAAAACCCGUCUGAGAUGCAGGACGUUUUUCAGAUUAUUGUUCAGGCCUUCAUGAGAAUGAAGAAGGUCAGACUGAAUCCCAGCUGUGUGUUUGUGCAUCAGAACAUUUCAGACGUCACAGCUGGAGAAAAAACUAUGGAGGGAAGGAGGCGAUUGCUAGAGAAAGUGGAUGAGAUGACAAGACUUACCGCUGAACAGGAAAACUAUGGUGCAGAAUACUUUGAUGAUGUCAUUAGAUUUGAUGUUCAGAAUGAUGUGAAGUAUUUUGCUCAGCUCUGGGAGGGCAGUCCACCAAUGGCUCCACCAAACCCAAACUACUGUGAGAACAUCCAAGAACUAAAACAAACGGUUGUAUCUCAUGCAUCAAAAUCAAGUGGAAUAAUGCUGAAAAACUUAAAAGAUUGUAUAAAAGAUCUCUGGGAGGCAUUACUGAAUGAACAGUUUGUCUUCAGCUUUCGAAACUCUCUGGAAAUGUCAGCUUAUAAGAAACUGAAUACUGAAUACAGCAAGUGGUCCUCAAUUCUCCACAGUGCCAUUGAUAAAAUUGUGAAAAAACUACACAACAAAACAGGAAAUAAAGCAAUUUGUGGGGUUGAGAAAACUGAUCAUCAAACAGAACUGAAGAAGGCGACUGAAGAAGUGGAAAAAUCAAUGUCUGAAUUUUUUGACAAAGACACAAACAAAGAUAUACUGAUUCAGUGGAAAACAUCAUAUGAAACCAAAAUUAAAGAAGUGCUUUUGAAAGAAAAAAAGAAAUUAGAUGAUAUACUUCAACAUAGAGCAACAUUAGCAACCACUUUUGUUAAAAUCAUCUGUCAGAAACUUAAGGAGCCCAUUGAGCAGAGCAUCUACAGGAAAACCUCCAGAGAUCUGACUGAUGAAAUGAGAUCAAACUGUGAAUCACUGAAUGGAAACAGAUCAAAUCUGGAGAAACACAUCCUGAAGACACUGGCAGAAGAGGAGGACUUUGACAAAUACAUGAACUACAUUGAAAAUCCCAGAAAUCACUACAAGAGGUUCAUCAGAGAUGAAGUCAGGCGCUACAUCAGAGAUAAGUUCAGCGUCAGUGUUUUACCCAAGAUGAAGGAGAACAUUAAACUCCUGCAGCAGAAGAUCAUGAACGCAGCACAUCAAUCUACUGAACAUGUUCAAGUCAACAGUGGAGAUGUUGGUUUGUGGUUGAAGAGUUUCACACAGCAGCUCUCAGAUCAGCUGAUCUUCUCUGAAAAAGACCUCAGUGGAGUCAAACAUGAUGAUGUUGAUGAUUUCAGACUCCUAGAAGAUGUGAUCAGACAAGAGCUUCCUGCUGUAAUGUUAGACAUCAGCAGCAGAUUCAACACAGACACAUUUCCAGUAAAGCUGGACUAUAAGUUCAGGCCAGAUGAGCUUCUGAUUGAUCACUUCUGUCAGUGCUGUUGGGUUCAGUGUCCGUUCUGUGGAGUCACCUGCACAAACACCAGAGAAAACCAUGAUGGAGAUCACAGUGUUCAGUUUCAUCGUAGUAUUGGACUGUAUGGGGUGCAUUACAGAGAUGCAUCAAUCUUGUCAACCUAUAUCUGCACAUCAGCAUUAGCAAACAGCAAUCUGUAUUUCUAUCCCAUUGACUCUGAUGAAAAAGUCCUCUGGAGAGAAUACAGAAGAGCAGGAGGAGUUUAUGCAGACUGGAGCAUCACUCCUGAUCUCUCUGAACUGCCCUACUGGAAGUGGUUUGUGUGCAGAUUCAAGAAGAAUCUGGAAAUAUACUAUAGUAAAACAUUUGAGGGGAGUGGUGAGAUACCCCAUAAAUGGGGAAACUACUUAAAGAGGGAUGCUACUGCGAGUUUGGAUAAAUACAUGUAAUUGAUUAAAUUAAAUGUUUCUUAAAGGUCUUAAAUUCAUAGUGGGUAUGAAAUGAGAGUGAGACAGUAGGACCAAAAUUCUAUUUCACUGUUUAUAAGUGUGGUCCACAGUAUAAUUUUAAGGCUUGGUUGUGUUUAUAAGAUGGAACGCAAUGUGUGCUAAUGCUUCAUUUAUAGAAAAUCACGGUAUUUUCUCAUAUAUAUUUGAUUAUGUACAGUUUCUCAGCUAACAUGAAAACAACAUAUUUCGUAUUUCCUCUGCGAGACCCGCCUUCAAUAGGCUCUGAUUGGUUAGCUAGCAUAAUGUGCUGUGAUUUGCAGAUCAGCUUCACAUCACCAGGAAAAGUGUCAAGGCCCUACAAGCACGCGCUUUUGAGCUGUGUAAACAGUCAGUCAGAGUAGUUGUUAACCGUAUCAGUUUGAGCCUGAAUCAUACAGAAAAUGACACAGAAAAAUAAAAAUAUAAAAAAUAAAAUAUGACAAGUGUUUUUACAUAUAUUAGGAAUAAGCAUGUUUAAGUCAUAUGAAACGUUCACAUAUCUUUUGCGAGUUCGUUAUUUGAGAUGUAGAAUGCUGGGAAAGUGGCCAUAUAGAGACACUGAAAGCGUCCACAUAGAGAGACACUGUGGCGCUGCUGAAGAUUGUGGGUUUUUUCAGUGGAUUGACUGAUAAAUAUGAGUCUGCAGCUAAAUUAUUAGCGGUGCCAAACGGCAUUGUAAACAGGAUGUAAACAAUUUCCCAUUGUUUACAUUCUUGUUUAUGUCCUUGCUACAACAUACCAAUAACGCUAUACACUGCGUCUGUAAUAGAUCAGUUUUUAACAAAUAAAAAAACUUACAGGUUGUGGCUCACAGUCCACAGCUUCAUCUAUUAUCAGGGCUCGAAAUUGAUUGGUUAAUAUCAGCUGUCAAUCACUCAGCGCCUUCUGGCUUGGGAUAAAAGAGAGCUACUACCGCGAAAAAUUUAUAAAUUCUUUUUUAUAAAAUGCUGAUAAUAGAAAAUAAGAAU